GUCAGUUUCUUAACUGGGUCUCUGGGAGAAGUCUAGAGACGACUGCAUGCAGCUGCAGUCUUACAGGGAGUGAAGACCUCAUGCCAUGGAGCCUGCAAUUAGACUGACACCAGGUUGCAGCAAAUGGGAUAUCCGCCAGAAGGUGUGGGAUUACAUUGAAAACAAUAAUUUGGCUGAUUUUCCAAGGCCUGUUCAUCAUAGGAUACCCAACUUUAAGGGAGCUGCAAAGGCAUGUGAAAGGCUCUCAGACUUGCAGGCGUUCCAAGAUGCCAAGACUCUUAAGAUUAACCCCGAUACCCCUCAGAAGAACGCACGCUUCCUCACACUGGACGCUCGUAAGACACUGUUGGUCCCAACUCCACGGCUUCGAACUGGUCUCUUCAACAAAAUCACCCCUCCCGCCGGGGCCAGCAAAGAGGUGCUGAGGAUUUGUUCAACUUCACAGGGAGUGAAGGAAUACAGCAUUCCUUUAGGCUUGGAUGCUGCAGUACGAGUGGAUCUUGUGGUUGUGGGGUCCGUAGCAGUAUCUGAAAAAGGCUGGAGAAUCGGAAAAGGUGAAGGUUUUGCCGACAUGGAGUAUGCUAUGAUGGUGGCCAUGGGGGCAGUUACAGAGCACACAGUUGUGGUCACUAUAGUUCAUGAUUGUCAAGUGAUGGAUAUUCCAGAGGAUCUUUUAAGAGAUCAUGACCUCACAGUGGACUAUAUACUGACACCUACGCGAGUUAUUAAGACAGACUGCACACGCGCAAAACCACAAGGAAUUAUAUGGUCAGAGAUCACGCAGGAAAUGAUGGAGAAGAUACCGAUCCUAAGGAAACUUCGGGAAAAGGAAAGGAGAGCUGGAAAAGAUGUGACUCUCAAAGACAAUGGAGCAUGUCCACAAGCCUUAAUAACAGGGAAAGAGGAGGCAGCACAUGCUUCCACACCGGCAGGUGGGACGGAUCCACGCGAAGCUCCAAUACACUCCAGAUUAGCAGCCUGUGAUAUUAGCGAUGUCGUCACUGUGUAUAUAGGAAAUAUCUCCCCGGCUACCAGAGUCAGCGAGUUAAAGACCAUUUUGCGAGAGCGAGGGGCAUCCCCUCUGCGGCUAACAUGGCAAGGAGUCCAGCACAGAGCCUUCCUUGAUUACAGAGAUAUUAGCCAGGCUGAGAAGGCAUUGUCUAAUUUAAAAGGGUUAAAUAUCGGGGGUAAUUCUCUGCGCGUUGAGCUAGCAAGAACUCGCGGUCAAAUUCCCUGUCCAAUCAAUAGGUACACGAAAACAAAGUAGGGCCUUGAACAUCUAGAAGGGUCACCUACAGGGGGAUUAUAUUGGUAUAUGUGUGAGUAAAGUUGUAUUGUGUGACAAACAAGCACAUCUCAGCUGACGCUUGUUCCAUUUGAGCCCAUGUGAAAAAA